UGCCAGUGCAGCUCUGCCGGGACUCCUCUACGAGCUGCUACAUUGUUACUAGUGCACCGCUCUGACCGGGACUGCGGGACGCCUUCUCCUGGGGACGUCGCCCUUGGUUCACUGUAGGACCCCACCGUGUAAGGGUUCACGUCUUGGUCACACAUGGUUGUCGGAUGUCCUGGAACAUUCUUGGGGCAGCCAGAGCUUCAAAUCUGCCUGGAGUCAGCCAGUCGCAAAGCCAAGUCCAUGUCCCCUGAACGGAAGGAGGAUUGUGGAUGGGAGCCCCCCGUGGAGGAGCUGGAAGGAGACUCCAUGUCCUCGGAGGGAGGAAGGGUGGCUGACAGUACUACGGAUGAUGAGGAGACCAGCAGUACAGAAAGCUCACACACUCAGCGCGAGGAGUUAGCUGGAAAUCCGGUCCAGCGGCGACUGGAGGCCGAGCAGAUGAAGGUGAUGAGCAGAAUCUCGCAGCUGGAGCAGGAGAUCCGAGAGCUGCAGCUGCAGAGGCGAGAGCUGAAGAUCGAGGUGGAGAUGGAGGUGGCUCUGCUGGAGGGGGAGCUGAGGACGGAGAGGAAGGAGAUGGAGAAGGACCAGGAGACCAUACGACUCUUCCAAGAACAAUUGCGGGAGGCGGAGUGGCGGUGGCAGGAGGAGAAAGCGAAGGAUAAGCUACAAUUACAGAACGAGAAGAAGAAAGUGAGAGAACUGGAGCAGAAGAUAUCGGAGAGUCAAGCACAGCUGGAGAACCAGCCCGAGAGUUUACGCGAGCAGCUCAGGAAGAACAUCCAAGAGAUGACGGAGAUGAUGGAGAGCGCAGUCAAGUCCUUUGAAGACUUGGAGUUCCAGCAGCUGGAGAAGGAGAGCAGCCGAGAAGAGGAGAGGGAAGCCUCGUACAGACAGAUCUCACAGAGCCUAUCCCAGAAGCAGAACGAGCUGAACAGGAGGAAGGACAAAGUCCUUCGCCUGGAGGAGCAAGUGCGGAACGCAGAGGAGCAAGCGCAGGCGGAGAGGCUGAGAAUCAGCGAGGAGAACACUCGAGUCUUCCAGUCUCUGAAUAAGGAGAAGGAUCGCUUGUUGGCUCUUACUGCAUUGAGUGGGAAGACGUCCGACCAACAGGACGGGAAGGAGGGUUCCCUCAAAAAAGACUCUAACAUAUCGGAGCUCGCUCCAAAGCAUGAACCUCACAUGUCCAUGCGCAAAAUAAAAGGGCUCCAGAGAACCUCCAGCCUGCCCAGGAGAAGAGGAAAUGCUCCGUUUUUCCGUCAGUCUGACCGCCCAGUUUCGCUUCACGGCAACACGUGUCUGGAGGGCGCCGGCCUGGCUCUGCAUCUCGCCGUAUCCUCCAGCAGUUCUGGCGGUAAGAUUGCCUUAGCCAUCAGCCCGAAUCUUCAGAUCACAAGGAACCGCAAUCGUAUGGGUGAAGAAAGGAGAUCUUGUGGGGGGAGACUGCAGAACGGUGCGCCCAGGCUUCCGCUGACAUACAGACCCAUUCCUAAAAUAGCAGAGAUGGAACGUCAGCUACUAGAGGCCAUGGCAGAAAAAGAGCGCCUCCUGAAGGCCAGGGAGGAGAAGAGAACAGCGAAUGAAAUGACGAAACGUCUGGAAGCAGAGCAGAACCACGUGAAGGAGGAAGCUCCCGUCCCCAGCCCCCCCUUAGUGCAGGCGGCCAUACCGGAGACCACAGCAGAGCCGGCCCCCCUUGACCUCAGAUCGUACCUGGAGGCAUCAGGGCACAGUGUGGAGACCUGCCCGCAUGUGCGGGUCAGCGCCAUGUGCUGCAGGGGAUACCUGGUGAAGAUGGGCGGCCGCAUAAAGACCUGGAAGAAGCGGUGGUUUGUGUUUGACAGGCAGAAGAGGAGGCUGGCGUACUACGCAGACAAGGAAGAGCAGAAGCUGAAGGGGGUCAUCUACUUCCAGGCCAUAGAAGAGGUUUAUUAUGAUCACUUACGCAGCGCUUUCAAGAGCCCACACCCCAAGCUGACAUUUUGUUUGAAGACCUUCGAGCGUCUGUUUUGUAUGGUGGCACCGACCCCUGAGGCCAUGAGGAUGUGGAUGGAUGUCAUGGUCACGGCAGCUGAGGAGAACUCCCGGUACUGAGAACUUUUGGGACUUGUACCAAAGGAGAAGGGCAAGACAAGACCAUAAAGCUCAGACUUGUUCUAGAGAAAUUGUGAGAGAAAUAUGACUGACGCCACGGAAGGAAGAGAAAGAAAUGUCUCUUAGGAAACAUAUGACCGGACUGUGGAAGUCCUCCGGGGCAUCUGUGUCUAUACGUCCUUUCAUUCAUCUGCUCCUUUUUCCCAUUAACCAUUCUGGAUGUAAUGUCCAUUGUACUAAAGGCUCUCGGGGCCCGCUGGGCAUCUACGUAAGAUAUAUGUUAAAUACCGUAUACACCCAGUGAACAUACAUUCAUGAUCA